AUGCGUCGCGUCAAAAAGUCUCGUAAUGGCUGUGCUCGGUGCAAGAGCAAACGCGUCAAAUGCGGGGAAGAGAGGCCUCACUGUAGUCGAUGCAUCCGCCUGGGCGUCAUAUGCCCCGGAUACGUCCAGUCUCUACGCUGGGUGACCAAGUACCCACCGUCGGUCCCCGGAGAGUCUAACCAGCUUGCCGUUGGCGAUACUCCCGAUGAGUCUCGCUCGAUACCUUAUCAACAGUCCGCUUCCAGAGAUCCAGAAACUCCCAACACGCCCGGCUUCGUUGACCCACUGACGCAGUCCUUGGCCGUGGAUGAUAACGGCUUGGGCCUCACGACCCCUGACGAUCCGGUCAACCCCAGGGGCCUGGAGCUGGAUGGGCCGAAUGGCAUAUGUGAUAACUUAUGGGGCCUACAACAGACAGACUCCCUCCCGGAGCUGGCAGAUCUUUGCCCUCAAUCCCCAAUAUCGGCAUCGGCAUCGGUGUCCGGCUCAGCAUCCCAAAACAAUCCGGACAUCAAUUUUGAAUCCCCUGCGAGCCACAUAGAAGAUCCCUUCGGGCUGUUCUCUCUAGCCGCACCAGCUCUACAAGAUGAACCUCACAUGUAUUCUGGAUUUUCGCCAUCUACCAUCGUACGUCAGUACCCUCCGCCUGGCAUGAAGCCCCCACAACGAGACUUCGCAGCAAUCCCUCAACCUCUGAACAAUCCUUCCUGGACCCUCAUCGAGUACUAUUUCAAGGAGGUAGCGGCUUUAUUCUCAAGCUAUGACAGCCAGAUGAACCCCUUCCGGUCCACUGUGUCUCGGUUGUGGGGCUCAUCUUUGGCCAUGUGUCGGACCAUGCAGAGCAUGGCGGCCGCAACGCUCGUGCAUGACUUUCCUCAGUUCGGGCCGUUAGGGCGGAAAAUGCGCGAUGAAGCGGUGGACAUCAUCACGAAAGAGUCGACCUUGGAUGAUAAAUCCUUGCUGGCAUUACUCAUGUUGGGCCAGACUGCCAGUUGGCAUGAUCCCAAGGAUCUCGGCAUUUCCUUCUUCAACCUGCUACGAAACCACCUUGAUAUCCAACAGGCCGCAACUGCCAUGCCAGGUCGUGGCAACAACCAUCAAUUCUUCGAAGAGGCUCUGGUCUACUGGGAGAUGCUUCUGUCCUUCGUAGCGGAUGACUCCACCGUCUUGUCAGGGUCAGCAGCUGCAGCAACCGGCGAAUCAUUGGUUCUACAACGCGUCCCUCACCCAUGGACGGGCAUUGCGCGCGACACGCAGUUCACCGUGCAGGAAGUGGGCAGGCUCGUACGUCGGGAGCGGGCACGAAUCCGCUCUCGCACUUUCACGUCCCACGCAGACAUUACACAAGCGCAGCAAGCCAUGGAGAAAGCACAGGUCCUAGAAGAGCAACUUCUUGCCCUCGCCCACCCCGCUGAGGCCGAAAUUGUCAGUCCAGGAGACGACGAAACGCCCGUCUGGCAUCUCCUCACCAUGGCCGAGGUGUACCGCUGCACCGGCCUCAUGCAAUUAUACCGGGUCUUCCCCGACCUCCUCCGCCGUCGACUCCCCUCACGACGCCCCUCCAACCACCCCCGCCCUCAACAUCCGCCCACAACCAUCCGUGACCCCUUCAUCUCUCCCCCCACGGGCAGCAAUACUCCCUGGUUCUGCGAACCCUCAUACCCACACUCACACCCACACCCACAUCCAACAUCCCCCGACCAAACCCCCGGUUCAGCAACAACCCACCCAGACUCCUACUACGACACCUGGCUGACCGAAUUCGCCCUCACCACUCUCUCCCGCCUGAAAACCAUCCCACUCGAAUCCCGCACCCGCUGCCUGCAGCCCUUCCUCCUCGUCGCCUCGAGCAGCGAGCUCCGUCUCCCCCGUCUCGCUCCCCUCGAAACCAACCUCGACAGCACCGGCCCCAGUAUCUCGUCAUAUGCCAUCGACGUCUCCCGAACCCGUCGAUUCAUCCUCGGCCGACUCACCUCCUAUCUGCACGUACUGCCUCCCAAGCCGAUCAGCGUGUGUCUCCGGCUCGUGCGCGAGGUCUGGCGGCACAUCGAUGCAGGCGAACAGGGGGUUUACUGGAUUGAUGUGAUGGUGGAAAAUGGGUGGGAAACCACGAUGGGAUAGGCACUGGUUCUCUAUCCCUCUCUAUCUUUUGGGUGGUGAUUGUGUUUUGGUGGUGUGAUGACUGGAUGUGGAUUGGUUACUUGCAUCUAAGAAAAUCGGUCUAGAUGGUAGUUGUGUAUAUAUGCUCGUUUUUGGGAUGUAAAGGAUUAGGUAGCGUUUACCCUUGCGUUACAAAGGGAUAUUAUACUUGG